AUGGGUCUGGGUAUCGCGUAUGUUGCGGCCAACGUCACCCGAUUGCCCGUCGUUUUGAUGGAUAUCAACAAGGAUCAAACCGAUAAGGGCAUCCAAUUCAUGAAUAAACUGUUGGAAAAGGAUGUUGGCAAGAACAAGAUCACGGCCGAACAUGCCCAAGUGACGCGUGAACUCGUCUCCACGACUAAUUCGCUCACUGGCUUGUCCGAUGUCGACUUUAUUAUCGAAGCCGCCUCCGAGAACUUGAACAUUAAGACCGCCAUCUUCCGGGAUUUGGACUCGAUUUGUAAAUCCGAUGCUAUUCUUGCUUCCAACACAAGCAGUAUCAGCAUCACCAAGAUUGCCGCCGCUACCAAGAAAGCCGAUCAGGUCAUCGGUAUGCAUUUCAUGAACCCCGUGCCCGUGAUGAAGCUCGUGGAAAUCAUUCCCGGUCUUCAAACCAGCACUGCCGUGUUGGAUCAAACACGUACAUUGGCCGAAGCCAUGGGCAAGACCUGCACUGUUGUCAAGGAUAUUCCCGGCUUUGUUGCUAACCGAUUGUUGAUGCCUUACAUCAACGAAGCUGUCAUGCUUCUUGAGAGUGAAUUCGCCAGCGCGGAGGAUAUUGACACCACCAUGAAACUGGGUACGAACAUGCCCAUGGGACCUUUGACAUUGGCCGACUUUAUUGGUCUGGAUACCUGUCUUGCCAUUAUGAAGGUUCUUUACGAAAACACCGGUGACUCCAAGUACCGUCCCUGUGUUCUCUUGCAAAAGUUUGUUGAUGCCGGCUGGUUAGGCAAGAAGAGUGGUCGCGGUAUCUACUCUUAUAAAUAA